ACCGUUUUUCAAUUCAGCAGUUAAUGUAUAAGUGAAUGUGGACUGGGGAAAACCCUAUAAAAAUUAUUCUGUAAAUUACUGAAUUUGAAAGAUAAUUAGACUAUCAACCUCUAGUUUGCUUCUGGAAUUCAAAUUGGAGAGAACACUCGUAAGUUUCUUAUAAACCAUGGGUAUCUUAGAGAAGAUAUCGGAAGUUGAGAAGGAAAUUCAAAGGACACAAAAAAACAAAGCCACUGAAUAUCAUCUUGGGCUGCUGAAAGCUAAACUAGCAAAGUAUAGAGCUCAACUUCUUGAAGGGCCAAAGGGAUCUGGACAAAAAGGGGAAGGUUUUGAUGUCAUGAAAUCGGGUGAUGCCCGCGUAGCUCUCAUUGGAUUUCCUUCUGUCGGCAAAUCAACUCUAUUGUCUACGUUAACCAACACUGAAAGUGAGCAAGCAUCUUAUGAGUUCACAACUUUGACUUGCAUCCCUGGAGUAAUUGAAUAUAAUGGGGCGAAUAUUCAACUUCUUGAUUUACCAGGAAUUAUCGAAGGUGCAGCGGGUGGUAAAGGUCGAGGUCGUCAAGUCAUUGCAGUUGGUAGAACAGCAGAUGUUGUUGUUAUGAUGCUGGAUGCUGCAAAGGGUGAAAAACAGAAAGAACUUCUCACCCUAGAGUUAGAAGCCGUGGGAAUUCGUCUCAACAAAAAGGUUCCAAAUAUUUACUUCAAACUUAAAAAAGGUGGAGGACUGUCAUUCAACUCUACAUGCGUGUUGACAAAAAUAAACGAGAAAAUGGUUCAACUAAUCCUUCACGAAUACAAGAUUUUUAAUGCUGAAGUUCUCUUUCGCGAUGAUUAUGGACCAGACGAAUUUAUUGAUGUUGUAGUUGGGAAUAGAAAAUAUAUGUCAUGCCUUUAUGUUUACAAUAAAAUUGAUCAAAUUUCAAUUGAGGAGGUUGACAGGAUCGCACGACAACCACAUAGUGUUGUCAUCAGUUGCAACAUGAAAUUGAAUUUAGACUAUCUACUCGAAAAAAUGUGGGAGUAUUUGGCUCUUAUGACUGUAUAUACAAAAAAGCCUGCAAAAAAGCCAGACUUUAGUGAUGGGUUGAUUUUACGUGCAAAUUGUACUGUGGAGCAUGCUUGCCAUGCUGUGCAUAGAUCGUUAGUAUCAGGUUUUAAAUAUGCUCAAGUCUGGGGAAGGAGCGCAAAAUACAAUGGUCAACAUGUAGGCUUGACUCACCAAUUAUGUCACGAAGAUGUUUUACAAAUUGUUAAAAAGUGAAUAUGUAGAACAAAAUAUAUGUAGUGAACUAGGAUCUAGUUCACUUUUGUUCGGUGUGACCCGUCCUAUGCCAGCAGACAAUGAUUGGUGAUAAAGCAACCUUCCUUAAUUAAUUUGACUGAUCAUACUGCUUGAAUACCUGGUGAUGGCAGAAUCAAAAUUGUUCCUCCGCAAAAUAAAAAACACAUAUUUGAUACUUGUAUUUGAAUAUGAUUGUCUUUUAUGUUAUCGAAUAGUCACAUCUUUCAGAAUUUUAUAAUUUCAGUAACAAGCUGCUAAAUUAAAAUUUUUAUGAUCAUUAGGCCUGUUUAAAUGUAAUUUUAAAUUUUGAAAUUCAAUUUUUGAUCGAUUGAACUAUCUCCACUCUUGUAUGUGCAGGGUGACCCCAAAGAACAGAACCCACAACUCUUAUAAAGUGAUUUAUUGUACCCGAAAGUUUCAGCAAUGUAAGACGCUCCGCACAAAAAUUAUGUUAACUCUUAGAGUCUAGAAUAUAUCCUGAAUGACCUGGGUUGUGUUUUUUUAGGUCACCCUGUUCGAGGCUUUUAUGUUGACAUAUUUCCCAAAUAAGUAGGACAUAUGGGUAUAACAGUUCAAAUGUUUAUGGCCUCACAAAUGUGGGCAUUUUUACUGUGAAAAAUCCACUUGUACAGAAUUGUAUGAUAGUAAGUUAUAUUUACGUAAGCAUAAGGCAUGGUCAUUUCUGGCGAUUUUCUUACUCAGAAAAAGGUUGAUGUAUUGAAUGCAAUGUCCGUUCAAUUUGGGAUACAACCAUCCAUGCAAAUCAAUCAAACAAAUUUUCACAAUGUAUGAAAAACACCUUUCUUGGAUAAAAUGAAAGUUGUUCAAAUAAAUAUAUAAGUUUUUUUUUAUAUGGAAAUGGAAUGCCUCUACCAUAUAUCAGAAUUGACUAAUUCCAUAUUAUUACGUAGCAGUAUUGUACAAGUGUGGCGAGUGGCGACCUUGUUCUUUUGAAAUUCAACUUAUUCCUAAUAAAUCAAUUCUGUAUUAGAACAACUUUAUUACAGUUAACUGUCAUUUUUGUUUUGCCAUUUAGA